AUUCCCCAGAUCCGAACGGCUUAUCAGUACCAAUAGCAGUGGCAUGAGAAUAACUCUGUUCCAGUAUUGGGUACAUGUAUAUAAUGGUAUUCGGAUGCAAUACAUUUGGGCAUUUUCGUCGGGGCAAGGGAUCACCGUGUAUUACACGACCUCGGCUCAGCAGUUUACUUACACAGUCCUGAUAUCAUCAUCCUGACCAACUCCCGCCAAAAUCUCCUUCCUUAUACCACAAAAUGACAUCACCAGCAUCAAGCACCGCAGACAUCAUCGACACAGCUAGCGAUAACUCGGACGAAUCCAACUCCAGCAACUCUCACACCACAUCCGAGACAACACCGCCCCAGUUCCCGCGCUUCGGGGCCCUACCCGCGGAGCUCCGCCACCACAUCUGGCGUCUCGCGGUGCCGUCGCCGGGCGUCAACUUCUUCAACGUGCACGGCUUCCCCAACGACCACGCCAACUGCAACCGGAGCACCUCGCCUCCGUGGCUAUACCUCGACCUGCGCCGUCUGGACAUCGACGACGACGACGACGACGUCUUCGCCUACGACCCUUCGUCGUGGCAGGCUCGCUCCGCCGUGCGCAGCGUCUGCCGCGAGGCGCGCAUCAUCUGCGCCAUCCCGGAAUCGAAACGCGCUGACAUCGUCCUCACCCGUCCGACACGAGGUCUCUUCGUGCGCGCUGGCGACGGGCAGUUACGGGGUGUCACGCCGCUGCGCAUCGAAGACAGCGACGGUAAUGGAUCGAGCGUCGUCGAGCCCGUCGUACAUCGGACCGUGCAGGUCCAUGUGGACGACAUCCUCUGUCUGUCCAUCCAGAACUGCAGCUUCAACCUCCCGCACGAGGAAGCCCCGUUUCUGUCACCGGAGGAUGUUAACGACGACGGGCUGGGUGCCGCCGACAUCGACGAGGGCUGGGCGUACGAUCCCCAGCUGGAACCUGCGUUGCCCCUUUCCAUACCCACGACGAAUAUCUGUGUGGGAAUGGCGCGGUGCAGCCCGCCGCUGCUCCGGAACAUUGCUACGACGCUAUUCGAGCUCGUGCACAGCCACGUGCCCGACGACCUCAUGCCGGACAGGUACGCCGGCGGUUAUCUCCUGGGCCACUUCUACCUCAUGUUCGACGCCUUCUACCAAGAUCUCGGCGAGCGCGACGUGCUCGAGGUGACGGCCGAACCGGCCGUUGUCUGGGAUCGCUUCGGCGAUGCCUAUCUGCGGAUACUCUGGAGAGCGGGACAUCCCAACCGCCCCGACGUUCCUCCCAUAACGUACCGCUUCGUCAAGAUAUGGCCGGAAAAGACCAACAUACGCGAGAGAUACCUCCGCUCGGCCAUCCUUCGUUCACCAAAGCGGCCUGCACGUUCUUCGUGAAAAACAAAGUCUGCCUCGCUACUAGAAACAUGAGUUGAGAAGAACAAGGUUUUUAUACAAAGUAAAUAAAUCUAGCAAUAGCAAUAAAAGGCAGUGAAUGUGAACAAUGCUAGGCUUUCAAAUGUAACACCAUGCGUGCUCAUAUAUGCCCCU